CUCACCGUGAGAGUAGAGGACUGAAAUGACCAUACUUCCUCUCUUCUAAAAGUCCUGCAUCAUCCCCUUGACCUCCUUCACUUUUGUUUUGUGUGAACUGUUAGUUGAAGUUGUUGUCUCUCUUUCCCCUCUUCCUUUAAGCUCUUUUCUGUUCUGCUUCUUUAAGUGCCCAGGGGAUGAAACCAUUCAAACAAACUGCCUGUUCUCUCCUGGCUUAUUUAUAGUGUAAGCAAACAGCAGUUUUUGUCUCUAGUCUCUCCAAUGCUACUGGGACUACUAAAUGAUCGGUUAUAGAACAUGGCUAAUGUGACACACAUGGAUUUGGACCUGGGAGGGAUAUUUCUAGAGAAUAGCACCUAUAACUACGAUGAGGACUAUGUUUAUAAAGAGGAAUGCUCCCCUGGAGAUGGCGAUGGGGUGCGUUUUGGCGCGGUGUUCCUCCCGAUGCUCUACUCCCUGACGCUGAUCCUGGGGCUAGUGGGUAACGGGCUGGUCUUGGUGGUUCUGGUCCAGAGGAGGCGGAGCUGGAGCGUGACUGACACCAUCAUCCUGCACUUGGGCUUGGCUGACACCCUGCUGCUGGUCUCGCUGCCCCUUUGGGCUGUUCAGGCCACUGGGGAAUGGAGCUUCGGGACCCCCCUCUGCAAGAUCACUGGAGCCAUGUUCACAAUCAACUUCUACUGUGGCAUCUUCCUGCUGGCCUGCAUCAGUCUAGACCGCUACAUGUCCGUGGUCCACGCGGUCCAGAUGUACUCUCGCAGGAAGCCCUGGAUGGUGCAGGCCAGCUGCCUGUCCGUGUGGCUCCUCUCCCUCCUCCUCUCCAUCCCCGACUGGCACUUCCUGGAGUCUGUGAGGGACACCAGACGAGACAAACAGGAGUGUGUUCCAAACUACCCGUCCCUCUCCCAGUCUUGGUUUGACUGGCGCCUGGCCUCCCGCCUGCUCUACCACACGGUGGGCUUCCUCCUCCCAUCUGCCGUGCUGCUCUUCUGCUACUCCUGCAUCCUGCUGCAGCUGCAGCGUGGCUCCCAGGGCCUCCAGAAGCAGAGGGCCAUCCGGGUCAUCCUGGUGUUGGUGCUGGUCUUCUUCCUCUGCUGGACGCCCUACAACAUCACCCUAAUGGUGGACACCUUUCAGGGGAGGCCUGGGGAGCCUGUUUCUGGGUCCUGUGAGAAGAGGAGGACAGCUCUGGAGAACACUCUGGUGGUUACGUUCGCUCUAGCCUGCCUGCACGCUUGCCUCAACCCAGUGCUCCAUCUCGGCCUGUGUAGAAACUUCCGGCGACGCGUGCUGGAUAUGGUGAGGUGUGUUGAGGGGGUGCAGGACGAUCUGAAACGCUCGCUAUGGGAUUCAGGUGUGGUUGAAGACUCACCUGACCAAGCAGAGGAGAUGGGGACGUUGAACCCAAUGACAACCAUGGGACAGGUACAGUCCACCCAGAGCUGAUGGGUAGGAAGAGGAUCCUAAUGAUUAAUAUAGUAUGUCUUCAGGGGAAGUUGAUGUAUGGGUCAUGGGUUUGAGUCUGGGGACUGUUGGAUGACUGUAACCUGGGUCAUGAGAGAAAGACAUGCAUAGUAGAAAGCCCCUUAUGAGGACUGCUUUCUUAGAAUUGCACCUUAAUGGAAAAAGCUCAGACUAAAUGUAUAUUUAUAUAUUUUUAUAAAGUCAGCGGGUUGUCUGCUUUUCACGUUUUACCUAUCAAUGUCAUAAAUGUGACAUGGAAUGGAACACAAGAACUGACCUGGAAUAUUCAUGACAGAACCUGACCCUAUUUGUAUUUUGGUUAAACUGAAUGUCUGGUUUCCAAUUUUCUACCAAAAAAACACAAUUUUAACCACUUUUCCUCUUUCCUGUUUUUGCUCAUGAACAUACAUGUUUUGGUUUUGUUUCACUGUGUGAUAUUUCACCUCUUGUUUUCUAUGAGAUAUGGAGGACAGAGGAAUCAUGUGUCAGUAGCAGCAACACACCAAACUCAAGAUAUGACCUGCUUCCUGUUUCUCUUCCUGUUUCAGCUAAAGUGGAUUAUACUUUUCUCUUCUUGCUAAAAGGUGGUAGAGGCAAGCUGUUCAGUUGGACUGAAUGAUGCUGUCCAUUUAAGUCCUGUAACUCAACAUUGUUGAUGAUUAAGUAAAGCUAACUAAAGGCUGAAGUGCUUAUGAAGCUCUUGAAUGGAACAAGUGAUGAGAGAAAGAUUAGAGAAAGUUUUUGUUGCUGCUGUAUGUCCUUCUAGAAUAAACAUUUAGGUGCACAGAUGCUGUAGUGAAGCAGAGAAGGGACAGGAAGAGAGGCAGACUGUCUCUUCGUCAUCUUGGGUGGUGACUUCUCAUAUCGCUCUUCACUCCUGUGUUAUAUUUAAUGUUUUGUGUGCAAAGCCCUUUGGUGCAAAGCUUUGUCACCCCAUGGUGGUAAGCUUUGCUUGGCUUCCUGCCACAGUAAAAGUAUGUAUUUUUCAGCUGAAACCACAGAGAACUUCGGUAAUUAUGUUAUCUCUUUGCUGACACUCUUGUCCAGAGCAAUUGUGUGCCUUGCUCAAGGGCACAUCUGCCAAAAAAAAUGUAACCUUCAAACCAGCGACUUUCCGGUUACCUGUGCAACACUCUUAACCGCUAGGCUACCAGCAGGCCUACCAGGUUGUGUUCAGUGAGGUGGAAUGUUCGGAAUGUUUGCAGAUAGAAAUGUGAUGUAUAGAGCUGACACAAUUCCCCAGUCUACAUGCUAGACAAUCAUAGAUAUCAAUACAUGUCUAUGAUUGGUCUGUGAUGUUGAAUCAUCCUGAAAAGGCUUUUGGUGGCGGUGUGUCUACAUCACUUAUGCUGAUCUGAGUCUUGCUUCCUCUAGGGGUUUUUAUUUUUGGUGUACAAACAUCUAUUAACCAACCACUAAAAGACAGAGAUUCUGAACGAUAGUAUAACAAAUAUAACUUUAUUCAGAAUUUCACUA